AUGCGCGUGUGCGUGGGACGGGCCACGGCCAGCGAGGAAGUCUCCACUUUCCAUGGCCCGACUGUGCCGGGACCCGAAGCCUGUGACUCUGACACCGAAGACGUGUCCAUCAUGCAGGAAAUGAUAUUCAUGAUCCCGGAAGCACGGCGGCUUCGAGGCUUAGAGUUUCUGAACAUGUGGACUCUGAAAUUCACGGGGAAGUCCCCCUUGAGCUGGGCAUGGAUAUGUCCGCAAGCCCGUCGCCAGCAGCCUCCCAGCCUGUUGCUCCAAGACGUCCUAGCUCGCUUGCGGCCGAAGAAAGAGAUCUCCUCUGCGCCGUGCUCACCAUGA